CUUUACUUCCACUCUUCUCUCUCCAACCCACGUUUCACUUCUGUCGCUGUAUUAUCCAUACUCACUAUAUAAUGCUGGACUGAUACCACUUUUGUUGCUGGAGGCCUGGUUUCCCUCGGCCCUCUCGAGUCAUCUUGCUACGUCAUUCGAGUCAAGAAACAAGCGUGCCGAGCCCAAAAAUGCAGAAAUAACGUCUUGGUCCUUGUCGGCGCCGAACAUUCUUUACCGCACAUUAGGCCUUUGAGAACCACAAGACAACAUGGCUUCGAGUGCACGCACUUCCACUGACAAAGCAUCCGCAGAUUUCGAACAUAUCCCUCCGACAUCGAGUCCGCAAUCCCUCUCCAAAGCCGUCCACGCCCGUCGAGCCGAGUACACACGACCACAGAAGAUCAAAGUCAAAAUAGGGACAUGGAACGUGGCAGCAUGUCCCGGCACAGAGAAAGAUCUCGCGGGCUGGUUCGUAGAAGGGAAAGGCAUUGACAAGAGACUCGCCGGCCUGGAAAUCGCAGACGGCAUCAGGGAUAACGGGAGCCAAGAUAAUAUCGAGAGUGUUUGCGCACAAGAAACUCGGCGGAAGAAGAAAGAGAGCACUAUUCCUAGAGGCGAUGAAGGCACGAUCCCCGGCGGAGACGAGAUUGGGAUCUAUGUUCUGGGACUGCAGGAGGUGGUGGAUCUCACGAGUGCGAGGGAAUACAUCGGGAGGGUAUACACGGAUCCAGAGCCGACGGCGAAAUGGAGAAAGGCGUUGACAGAUUCAAUACCCCCCGGUUAUGUGCUGGUUUCAGAGCAGCAGCUCUCUGGACUCCUGCUCUUCAUAUUUGCAUCUCCGACGAUCGUCCCCACAAUCAGCUCCGUGAGCACAGUCAGUGUAGGGACUGGCAUAAUGGGCUAUCUAGGGAACAAGGGCGCUGUCACGACUCGGAUUGUGCUUGGGGAGACAACUCGACUUGUUUUUGUCAACUCGCAUUUAGCGUCUGGGAACGAUCCAGCACAUUUGGAUCGUCGGUGCUGGGACGUAGCGCAGAUUUUACAACGCACGCAUUUUGAGCCCAUCAGCUGGGCCGGAGUUCUGGAUGAUACGCAAGAGGGCAUCGGGGAGGAGGAUUUUGCAUUCUGGUUCGGCGAUUUAAAUUUUAGGUUAGACGGGCUACCCGGUGACGACAUACGACGACUUCUCAUGCUGCAUACGAAGGGCGAAUAUGAUGUUGAGAGUAAAUCGAGGGAUAAGAUCGAUGGAGAGUUAGGAGACGCUGAUGGACCUAUUAUUAUACGAAGUGUGGACAGUGAUUCUGACUCGGAGGGGGAUAUGCCCAAAACCAACAGUUCGAAUAGAGGUGAUGCUUCCUCGAUUGAUCUGCCAGAUCCAGAUGAUUUUAUUCAGGACCCGAGCCAGGACCCUGCUUCCCUUCAAGCUACCUUGGAUUCAUUAUUACCACAUGACCAACUACGGCAUGUUCAAAAGAAGAGGAGAGCUUUUCAUGAUGGGUGGCGAGAGGGACCGAUCACGUUUCUACCGACCUACAAAUACGAUGUUGGAAGUAUGGGUAUGUUUGACUCGAGCGAGAAGAAACGAGCUCCCAGUUGGUGCGAUCGAAUACUUUUCCGGACUCGAAGAGAUAAGCUUGAAUAUGACGGGAAGAUGAAGGAAGAAGAACUGGCGAGAUUAAAGGAUGAAGAGAUGAAGGCAAGGGGAAUCGAUCAUGCCGGGGACGACGAGGACGUUUUAUUUGAUUACAACCCAGAUGAGGACGGUGCAGAGGACUCUGCCAAUAAUGAAUACGACGAAUAUGAUGAGGGUAAUGAUGCUGGGCAGGCUGUCAUCACAAAGGAGGGGUUUGUGGAUAGGAUACAUCUGGAUGUUUACACUUCGCAUCAGCGGGUGUUGUCAUCAGAUCACAAACCCUUGGAUGCAGUUUUCACUCUCGAGUACGAUGCAGUUGUUCCUGAACUCAAGUCGAAAAUCCAACACGAAGUCGCACGGGAAUUGGACCGGGCUGAGAAUGAAGGGAGACCUGGAAUCACUGUUGUCGUGGAUUCUUCUUUAGAUUCUCCACCAAUUGGUGGGUCCUCUGACAAGAGAGCAUCAUCAAGUAGCGCUGAGGGUGUUGAUUUUGGGCACGUCGCGUUUCUAGAGAGGAAAAGCAGAAGUCUCACGAUCGCCAACACAAGUGCAGUGCAUACAACAUUUGCAUUCGUGGACAAACCUAGUGUAUCAGGAGAUGAUCGAAUUGCGCCGUCCUGGCUUUCGGUCUAUUUCGUGGGCUCAGCAAAGGAUGAAGAUGAACGGGCGAAGAACGACUUGAAGAGAGAAGUCACCUUGGAACCUGGCGAUGCCGUCAAUGUAACUUUGGAACUAUUCGUCGACGAUAUCUCGCUUGUCACAGAGUUGAAUCGAGGCAAAGCUCAGCUAGAUGAUGUCCUUGUCUUGCGGGUCACAGACGGUCGAGAUCACUUCAUCCCUGUUCGAGGGACAUGGCAGCAAUCCUGUCUCGGACGCUCAAUUGACGAACUGAUUCGCGUGCCUGAAGGUGGUGUUCGAGCACUGCGUCCUCCUCGCCACGGCUCGGGUGGUCCUGUCAAUCGUGGCCGAGAGGUCUGCUGGUCUGCACCACGAGAGCUAUUCAAGCUCACCGAAGCUGUUGAACUGCUUACCGACCGAGUCAUUGCUGACUCGAAUAUGCUGGACAACGCCCACCUUCCUCUUGAAGCUCCCGGCUGGCCAUUCAGUUUGCACUCUUGGACGUUGCAAGACAAAUCUGCGAGAGAUACACGGAAACGAUUUGUAUUAGAAGCACUAGACUCCGACAAAACCCUGACUGAUUCUUUCCCUCCUGAGUUGCCGUCGCGGGAUAAACUGGAAAUUAUGGCUGAGGUCCUACUUCUGUUUCUCGGCAGCUUGACAGAUGGCAUAAUUACCGAAUCAUUAUGGACAAGCCUCGAACACGAUAUCGUGGCUCGCGGCCCCAAACAACUUACCGACCCAGAAGAAAUCAAAACCUGGGUCCUCGAUGUUCUCUCAGCAGCACCAAACCACAACAUCUCAUUUGUUUUUCUCACCAGCAUGCUGUGUCGAGUCGCCAGCGAGCUCGCACCAGUCCCCAAGUUCAGCUGGAAAGAGCAAGUCGCGGGAAGCGCAAGGAGCAGCAUCGAAACAAUGCGUCGUAGUCUGAGUUGGAAGGGGAAAGCACCACCUCUACCGAGCGAUCCGGGGGUGAUGAGGAGACAAGCUGUCGAGAAAGCCUACGCUGAAGUUUUCACGGGGGUGAUUUUUAGAGGUCCGGGAAGCCCGGUCAAGGAGAAGGAGAGGAGGGUCGUGGAAGACAGGAGACGAGACAUUCUAGAGGCUUUCCUGGAGGGAGGGAGGGAUGUCGCGUGAGAUUCCUCAAGCGGCAUGGAACGGGAGGGAGCAAUAAUGCUGCAGCUAUCGUAGAGUCUUUAAUUGGAAACAGAACACAUAAUCUCAGGAUGUUUCAGGUUCAGGAUUGGACCAACACCGAGUCAGGCAUGCCGGCAUCCCGCGCAGGCUAUCUCAAAAACUGAAUCUUUCUCAGC